CACUGCCCCACCACGUGUCAUUUCUCUCUCUCCACCUUCUUUCUAUGUGUAAAAAUUCAAAAACAUUUUUUCUUUAAAAAAGUUCCCAUAAAAUAAAAAUUUAAUUCCAAUCUCUUUAUAGUUUAUGCUCCUCCCAUCAGAAUUUCUACGUUUUCUACAAAUUCCAUACGAAGUACGGUGUAUUUAUUUCAAAUUAACUCACAUUUUCCCAAUUCAAUCUUCACGCAAAUUCAUGCCAUUUCGGCUCAAUUGAUCCCAGAUUUGAACACCCUCCAAUGUAAUUCUAUUCAACAUUCUUUUGUAAAGAAUCUCUAAAAACUGGUUAAUUAUUGGAUUCUUUAAGCUAAAGUAGAAAUUGGGGUUUUGGGUUUUUGUGGGAAUUAUUGGAAAUGAAGGUGGAAGGUGAAGAACAGACUGUAUUUGAGAUUGCGUUAGUGUUUUCAAAGAAAGAAGAAAAUGGUGAAACUGAAGAUGAAGGUAGCAGGUAUGAUGCUUUUGAUCUUCUGGUUGAAGAAUUGAAGAAAACUGGGUUGUUGGUUGAGGCAGUUCCCGGGCUUGCUCAUGAGUUUAUUAAGUUGGCAGCGCCAUUGGAGGCUCUAGGAAAGGCUGCAGCAGAAUUACAGAUAAGGAAACGAACAAAUAUUGGAAUGGACUUAGCUUUCGACUGGGAUCAGGUCAAGGCCUUUGUGAAGCAGGCUGAUGGCUCAUUGUUCAGUUGGUGUGAACGCCACCAUUGCUACCAUCACUUAACUUAUGGAAUAGUAAAUAAAAGUAAGUUGUCUGUGCCCCUGAAAUAUGGCUGUAAAAAUUUCUACUGGGAACCUUGGGAGCCUCUUCUCCGGAAGCUGGAAACAGAAGGCAUCCUUAAACAAGUAUUUCCAUUGCAUGAUGAACAGAAAAAGAAGGAAAUGCUGAGGAGUUGGGCACUCAACUUUUGGGAUGUCACAAGGCAGCCAAUUGAUGAUAUAUACCUAUACUUUGGAGCUAAGAUAGCAAUAUAUUUUGCUUUUCUUGGAAUGUAUACUCGUUGGUUACUCUUUCCAGCGGCUUUGGGGAUUGUAUUGCAUUUAGUUGAUUUUGGCUCGUUGCAAUAUCUGGCUCUUCCAGUGUUUUUCAUAAGUAUCAUAUCAUGGGCUGUAUUCUUCUUCCAGUUCUGGAAACGCAAAAAUUAUGCCCUUAUAACCAGCUCCUUGUCAUCCAGAUGGAACAUCAGCUACACAGUCGGUACAGGACCUGGAUAUAAGAUAUUUGGAAUGGAUUUAAACUCUAGGAAGCAUCCUUUGGUAUCUGCAAAGAAGUUUGAGGAGGAUAAUGCUAAAGAAAAAAAAGCAUAUCAAAGAGAUGAAUGGUUAGGCCGUCUAAAGAGAAUCAGAAAUGAUACGGUCAUUAUAUUGAGCAUUAUUUGUCUUCAGUUGCCUUUUGAGCUAGCUUAUGCUCAUCUUUAUGAAAAAAUUGGAUCAGACAUCAUAAAGUUUGGGCUGACAGCUGUCUAUCUACUCUUCAUUCAAUAUUUUACACGAUUUGGGGGGAAAGUUUCUGCUGAUCUCAUUAAAAAUGAAAAUAUUGACAACGAAGAUUUUCGUGCGGACAGCUUGAUUUACAAGUUGUUCGGGCUUUAUUUUAUGCAGACAUAUAUUGGAGUUUUCUAUCAUGCUCUGCUUCACCGCAAUAUUAUGACACUCCGCAAAGUUUUGAUCCAGCGUCUGAUAGUCUCAGAGGUUUUUGAGAACUUGCUUGAAAAUUCUCUGCCCUACCUUAAAUACAGCUAUAAAAAAUUUGGAACUGUUAGGCUCAAGAAGAAGCACAAUAAGGGGUCAUCAAUUGGGAAGAUAAAGGUGAAUUCAAGAGUGGAGAAAGAGUAUCUGAAAUCUGCUUACUCUGCAAGCAUCGGAAGUGAACUUGAAGAUGGACUGUUUGAUGAUUUCUUGGAAUUGGCAUUGCAGUUUGGAAUGAUUAUGAUGUUUGCAAGUGCAUUUCCCCUCACAUUUGCUUUUGCCGUUGUGAAUAACAUUAUGGAGAUCAGGACAGAUGCUCUGAAGUUGCUUGUCAUGCAUAAAAGGCCUGUCCCUCGUGCUACUGCUACAAUAGGAGCAUGGCUGAAUAUUUUUCAGUUUCUAAUAGUGAUGUCGAUUUGCACCAACUGUGCACUAUUGGUUUGCUUAUACGAUGAGGAGGGGAAAUGGAAAUUAGAACCAGGGCUUGCAGCAAUUUUGGUUAUGGAGCAUAUCCUCCUCCUGAUAAAGUUUGGCUUUUCUCGCUUUGUCCCUGAGGAGCCUGCGUGGGUAAGAGCAAGUCGUGUGAAGAACGCAACACAUACUCCAGAAGUCUCUAGAGAACUGUUGAGGACCAUUUCUGGUGGAGAAAAUAUGAUGAACCCUGCACAAGUAAUCAAGUGAUACCAAAACAAUCUGCUGCCUAGCUUGUACAAUUGGUAUAUAAAUUUUUUGUAGGAUGGUUGGUGCGUAUAGCUAUACGGAAAUGUCGUGUGUGUCAUUUUUUUGGGUUCUUGGUUUUCUUCCUGCCUGGUUUUUUGCUUGAAAAUGUAUUUGCUUCGUGUUGUAUAGGUGGGUAGUGAAUGCUCACAUUCACAGGUUUCUUAAAUCUCAAAGUGAGAGAAUUGUAUAUACCAAUUACUGGAAAGCAUUCUUAAAUCUCCCCGGA